GCGCGCGCCUGCGGGGUGCCGCUGCUGCUCGACGCGGAGCAGUCGGACAGGCAGCCCGCCGUCCACCUGCUCGCCGCGGAGCUGCAGCGCGAGUUCAACUCGGGGGGCGCCGCCGUGGUCUACGACACCGUGCAGAUGUACCUGCGGGCGGCCCCCGAGCGCCUGGAGCGCGGCCUCGCGGCCGCGCGGGCCGGCAGCUACGCGUACGCGGUGAAGCUGGUGCGCGGCGCGUACAUACAGCAGGAGCUGCCUCGGGGCACCGUGCACGCCAGCAAGGCCGCCACGGACGAGGCCUACGACGCCGCGCUGUCCCGGCUGCUCGGCUGCAUCGCCGCGCCCGGCGGCGGCCCCGCCGCCGCCGUGGUCGUCGCGACGCACAACCGCGCCUCGGUGGAGUGGGCGACCGCGGAGAUGGCGCGGCUGGGUGUCGGCCGGGGCGACCCGCGCGUGCACUUCGCGCAGAUACUCGGGAUG